AUGAAUCAGCAUAGUAUAAACAAGUUGGCUAAGAAGUACGUGAAGAAGUACAAGAAGUUGCUCAAGGUGGUGAAGAAAAUUACACAGCUCAGCGAUCAGGACCUCCUCCAACAGCAGCAGGGGGUGAAUGACACAGCCGACCAAGGUAGCAGUACUAGUGCUACCGCUGCUUCGCCACUGGACAAAUGGAAGUCCCCUGAAAUUAAAAAAAAAAUUAAUGAGUUCACCCUUUUUAUUGGUAACCAUAUUAGCAAGCUAGCCGAUGUAUGCCCAGACAAAGAGUGUGCAGAAAUUUUGAGCAAUUCCGGUUGGGAGUACGUUUCUAAAUUUUUGGGUGAGACCAGCGAGAGCCUCAAGGGGAAGUAUACGCAAGGGCAAGAGUCAAGCCAAUUAGAACAAAGCAAAGACAGUGAGGAUGGAGGAAGCUGUCAGGGAUCCAUCACAGAAGAUGACCUCGCUGCUUUUUUUUUCUCCAAAAGGAUCUCUAGCAUGUGUCGCCUACAAGGGGGUGAGGAGGCAGAAGAGGAGGACGAAGACGAUGAGGACGAUGAUGAGCAGCCACAGGAUCAACCCAGGAGGGGAAGAUCAAUGACAAGCAUCACUUACGAAUUGGACUGA